AUGAAGGUCCUACUGACUGGAGGAAGCGGCUUCAUUGCCACAUAUUGUCUACAAUAUCUUCUUGAAAGAGGGCACACUGUGGUUACUACGGUACGGUCCAAUCUGAAAGGAGGACAGAUCGUUGAGCGCUUCGACGAGAUCACCCGCAAAAACUUGUCCUAUGUCGUAGUUGAGGACAUCACUGUGCAUGGCGCUUUCGACCAAGCUGUGCAGUCGACUCCACCUUUUGAUACUGUCCUCCAUACGGCGAGCCCAUUUCGCUUUGAUGUGGCCGAUGUGGAAAGAGACUUGCUGGAUCCAGCAGUCAUAGGCACGACAAACAUCCUAAAAGCUAUUAAAGCAUAUGCGCCCGAGGUGAGAAGGCUAGUCCUCACCUCUUCCUUUGCUUCCAUGAUCAAUCCGAAGCAGCACCCUGCCAUCUACGAUGAGGCUGCGUGGAACCCGGUCACCUGGGAAGAAGCACUCUCCGACCCAGUGACCGCUUACCGAGGAAGCAAAACCUUCGCGGAGCAUGCGGCAUGGAAAUUUGUCGAAAUGGAAAAACCAAACUUUUCCAUCUCAACCAUCAAUCCCCCUUCAGUGUUCGGCCCCGUCCCGAAACAUCUGGCUUCACAGGACAGGAUCAAUACCUCCAGCGCCCGGAUUCUGGACAUGAUGCAAGGCAAAAUGAAAGACCAUCUGGAACCAACAGGAGCGUUUUUGUGGGUGGAUGUUCGUGAUGUUGCUCUUGCACACGUCAAAGCAGCGGAGCUUCCACGAACAGCUGGUAUGCGGUUGUUCGUCACUGCAGGUCAUUUCAGUAACGCAGAUAUUGCCAAGGUCAUCCAGGAGGAAUUUCCUGAGUACUGCGACCGUCUCCCGAGCACAAUCACAAGCGACCUCCCAAGUGAUGUCUAUGGUUUCGAAAACCUUUCAACCAAUCAAGCUUUAGACAUGCGCUAUCGACCUUUGCAAGAAUGCAUCAUUGACACUGUCAAGUCGCUACAGGCUAUAGCACUUUAA